AUGGUUCUUUCCCGAAACGUCGCCGAUUAUAUUUUUCCAUUUCAAGCCGUACAGCGUGAUUGACGAAUGUGUUAACUUUGUUGUACAGUACUGUCAGUACAGUAGUGUAAUUUAAACGUGCGUGGUACGGCCCCGAGAGGAGACGGAGCUGAGUGGAGCUGUCUGGACCAGCGGUGUCGAGGUCGGCCUCUGUGGAGGAGGAGGCUCGUCAAGGAGGCUACAGGGCAGUGCCAGGCUAGGUUCACUGCGAGGCUACUGGGCAGUUGGAGGCAGUCGCCCUCCAACAACAACGGAGGGCGGAGGAGCGACGCUCACAACAACGAGCGGAUCGCCGGUGGCUAAAGCAUAGCAAGUUGGCACAGUAGGGGGCACAGGUGGUGCAUCAGCCAGUCAUCUCGGUCAUCUCGGUCAGUCGACCCGUGGCACCUGCUGGGUCUGCCCCGUGACCUGCCAGCGGGCCAUCGACACUUCACGUGGCCUCAAGGUGCACCUAGCCUGGCACAAGCGUCGUGGUGACGUCGUGGCGAAUGGCGGUUGUUGCAUCAGCUCAGUCGGUCCACCCAUGGGCAACCUGGACCUGUUCUGUAACCUCCUGUCAACACGUCACGUCACCCCAACGCGCACCUAGCCUGGCACAAGCGCCGCGGUGACGUCACCGCCACGUGGUGGUGAACGGCGCCUGUAGUGGUGUUGUAGUUGUUGUGGUUGCUGUGUGGUUGGGGUUGUGGUAGUUGUAGUGGUUGUUGUAGUUGUGGUUGUAGUUGUUGUGGUUGCUGUGAGGUUGGGGUUGUGGUUGUUGUGGUUGUUGUUGUGGUUGUUGUGGUUGUGGCUGUGAGGUUGGGGUCGUGGUUGACGUUACAAGCGCUGGUGCGGCAGCGACUCCCGGCGCCUUCGAUAGCUCAGUUGGUAGAGCGGAGGACUGUAGAGGAGACGCCGCCACCUGCAGCAUGCUGCUGCUGCUGCCGCUGUGAGCGCAGCGCGCGGUCAUCCUUAGGUCGCUGGUUCGACUCCGGCUCGAAGGACGAUUUUUUUUUUGUUACAUCGCGAAAACAUAUACACGUGUCGUUAAACCCGCCACCACCCGACACAGCCAAUUAGUAAGGUUCGUCACGUAAACAGAACGUGGCCAGUUCGUUACUAUCACAUCACACAACCGCUUGUGUGUUGGAGAGCAAAUCCACAAACACGACCCGUCCCGUAGCCGCACGCCACGGGUGGCGAUGCCCUCUUCUGUAAUGCCCCACGAAGCCCCGCAGUGUCUCAAUGUAGAACAGCGCGUUGUGCUGCUACGAAUGUUGUUGCCGUUGUUGCUGUUGUUAUGUAACCACCACCACCGCCUGCGCCACUCGCUGACACUGGGGCCCCGUCAAUGCCGGCGGCCUCUGGUUUGAGUGAAGACAGCGCCACCUCGCGGAGAGCCCCUCGCACCGCUCCGAGCGAGGCCACCGCCUCCCCACCCCCCACACCCCCCACAUUCCCCCUCUCCAUCCUGCACAGCCUGCCCCUCCUGCCUCUUCCUCCUCCUCCUGCUGCUGCUGCCUCUUCCCUGUGUGCUGCCUGCCUCCUGCGUGCGUUUGUAACGGCAGUCGCAUCGCCAUCUCCCCAACCAUCAACCAUUACCACAGCCAUCACCACCAUCAUCAUCAUCACCAUCAUCGUCGUCGUCGUCGUCUCUACCAGCCGUCAGCGGUGACAUCGCAGCCUUCGCUCGAAGCUUCGGGUCGGCAAGGACAAGCGACGUAUCUGCGGUGCGUGUCAGGCGAGGAGGAGGAGGAGGGUCGCGAUGGCGGUGAACGUGUACAUCACGCCCGUCACCAUGGACACGCUGAGCCGGCACGACAUGCUGGCCUGGAUCAACGACUCGCUGCACCUCAACUACACCAAGAUCGAGCAGCUGUGCUCCGGCGCCACCUACUGCCAGUUCAUGGACAUGCUGUUCCCGGGCUGCAUCUCCCUCAAGAAGGUGAAGUUCCAGGCCAAGCUGGAGCACGAGUACAUCCACAACUACAAGCUGCUGCAGGCCUCCUUCAAGCGCAUGAGCGUUGACAAGAUCAUCCCGGUGGACAAGCUGGUGAAGGGCAAGUUCCAGGACAACUUCGAGUUCCUGCAGUGGUUCAAGAAGUUCUUUGAGGCGAACUACGACGGGCGGGAGUACGACCCCGUGGUGGCGCGUCACGGCGUGCACGCCACGCCGCCGCCCAACCACGGCGAGCAGAUCUUCAACAAGCCCAAGCGGCACAGCACCCCGCCCGCGGCCGCCCCGAAGGCCACGUCUGUGUCUCCGGCCCCGCGGCCUACCAGCACCCCCGCCCGCUCCUCCCCACACAGCAGCAGCGGGGGGGGCGGCACCCCCCAAGGCAAGCCCAAGGCUGGAGACGACGCCCAGAUGACGGAGCUCAACCAGCAGAUGCUGGAGAUGAAGGUGAGCGUGGAGGCGCUGGAGAAGGAGCGGAACUUCUACUUCGGCAAGCUGCGCGACAUCGAGACCAUCUGCCAGGACUUUGACGCGGAGACCAACCCCAUGGUGACGCGCGUGCUGGACGUGCUCUACGCCACCGAGGAGGGCUUCGCCGUCCCAGAGGAGGAGGAGGCGGGGGAGCACGCCGACUCCGGGGAGCAGGAGAUCUACUGAGGAGCGCCGCUGAGCGCCGUGGUGGCGGUGACGGCGUCUCCAGAAGGCGCCGUCAGCGGGGAGAGGCGAACACACGGCACGCGUGGCCUGCUGCUGCUGCUGCUGCGCUCGCUUGCAUGGAGAGACACGCGGACCCCCCCGCCUCCAUCCCCUCCCCCCCCACCUGCAGAGACACCCCCCCCCCACCCACCCCCUACUGUGUACCGUACCCGUCAGGGCUGCAUUAAUCUUAGCCAAGUAAUGUCCCCGUAGCGGGCACACCACAUCCAGUAUAGCUCUCUCACGACGGUUGUGGCGGCUGCCUGGCCGCGCGUGCCACCUCCCGGAAUCCGUGCGUCGACAACGACCCGGAAACCAUUCGGCAACAGGAGCUCUGGCCCCGCUAGCGCCGCUGCCCAGUCCCCUCCUCACCUCCUCCUGCACCACCUCGUCAUCCACCUCUACAUCCACCUCCUCCUCUUGCACCACCUCCUCAUCCAUCUCCUCAUCCACCAUCUCCUCAUCCGUACCCGAGAGGAGGAGGAGGAGGAGGGGCCGGUGGCUCCGCGUGGCUGGCGCCGCGGGGGGCCCACGGCGCCAGGACGCAGCCAGCAACGAGCGGAGGUGGCGCGAGGGGGCGGGCCUGGGGCCGCCAGCGAGGGCCCCAGGGAGGCGGCGGUGGCCCUCGAGGUCCCGGCGGGCGUGGAGCGGUCGCUCGUCGCGACCGUCGCCCUCCGUGUACAUCUUGUCUUUGUUUUCUGCGUCGCGGCAACGGCCGCGGAGUCAAUCGGCAAACAGGCAAUUUUACACAAACGGGGUUUGUGAACGUAAGAGUGCGUGUGUACGUGUGUAUGUGGUCAGGAACAGCACUUGCCCCAACAGUCUGAUAAGGCUAUAGGGGGGACCUUUGUCUUUGUCUCGUCUCUGGUCAGUAGUCACCCCCAAGGCCCCACCCUGUCAUUCGUCCCUUAGGCUCCCGUCGCCUCAGCAAAUGGCGACGACUAUUACGUCCAAUGAUAUUAACGAUUCUAACGAUGCAAAGGAUGGUAACGAUGAUGACGACGACGACGGUAAUAUUAAUGUGUAUAGUGACACGUUCAGGGUAUGAUGCCACAGAUGGCUUGCGGUGGGGAGCGGAGUUGGUGGUGGUUGAGCGGAUUCCAUCGCUCGGGCGACGUCUGACGCAGAGCCUCCGUAACCAACCACACCGCCUCGUCCACCCCUCGUCCCCCGCGCCUAUGGCUGUGGCGUUGUUUUUGUAAACAUUCGCUCCCUGAUGUUGCCUUCCCCUCUCCUUUCUUACCCUGCCUGGUGGUAACCCCCCCCCCCCCCCCCCCAGGCCGCCCCCCCCCCCUCACCUCACCUCCUCGCUUGUAAAAUACCUCCGGCAGGCAGCGUCGUGCGGGAAGGGGGCGCGCGUGUACGCGGGGCCGCUCGCCACGACCCCUCGGCGCGUCGGUUCGCUUGGGCAGUCGCCGCCGGCGGCCCCUGCUUGACCUGCGGCACCGCUUUGCGUUGAAAGUGAAAAAUCGCCCCCCCCCCCCCCCGUCCCAGAUUUUGGACAAAUUGAUCGAAUCGCGGGCGGUCUUCACGUGGCCACCCCAGGUUGUCCGCUUUGUAGGUGAGCCAUUGCCCAUUUUAAACACGUGCAGUUUAACAAACCGUGUUAUAACAAACCAUAUUUGGUGGCCAGGCAGAAUGCCCUCUGCCAAUUGCCACUGAUUUCCUUAAAACCGCUUUUUGUGUUUAGUUCGUUGUCCUUCCCCCGCACCUCCGACUAGCGCGGUUUGGUACGUACGCUGCAAAAGAAGUUCAACACACAUACACGCAUCACCAUCGGGGCGGUGACACGGCCUAGCCCACGGAUCGGAAACCUGCGGCUCCGGAACCGCGUACGGCUCUGCAAGAACUGCAUCGUGACGGGAUUGAGGACCAACCGUCACGCAUUCACGUUGCAUUGGCGGCGCCUGAAAUAUCGAGGUGGUUUAUUUUAUUUUGUAUGCCGACCCUGCCCAGGGUGGUCACGCUGCAUCCGCCGCUCGUUGCUGCAGAGGUUCGCGUUUCGAACGCAGCGGCCGCCUUGGUUAAUACUGCCGUGUGGCAUCAACCGUUACAAUACCGCCGUCUGAUUUCGCUCGCAGUCGACGUUAAGAGACCCCCCCCCCUCCCCCAGCGGGUCCCGGCGUCGCGGUCCACUUUUUUGCCGACGUUCAAAAGAAACGGCGCAAGUCACAAACACACGUGGCAGUAAUCAUUACCCCUCCCCCCGUCCCCUCCUCCAGGUCCCUCCAGAAAAUGUAGCCAUUCAUGAGACUCGGUGAAAGCUUCGGCUCGCGUUAUCUUCCCAGCUGAACGUGAUUUAAACAAUAAAAAAGUGUCGCGGUUCCAAGUUGGCGGGCAGUAGUUGCUCCUCGUCGCCGGUGACGAUUGCCCUGAACCCGCGUGUCCUGACCCCACAUGUCCUGACCCCACGUGUCCUAGCCCCACGUGUCCUGGCGCGCCACCGCCUUGACAAGGGGGCACUUCAAUGCGAAGUGAGUACAGAAAGUAGGCUGGGCCGUCGAGUUAUUUAUUGAUUCCCCUGGUCGUCGUGCGCGUGUGUGUAUAUACAUGGAGGCUCGUACUUGCUGCGCCACAGUUUAGUUUGUCCCACCGUUUUUUUUAUUUUAAAGGGUUAAACGUUAUCGGUACGUCGGGAGUUCGCAUUUCUUACACAGUUAACGAGACGGAUGCUCCCUCGGUGGCGGCCGUGUUUUGUAAUCACCUGGACGUUAACCCUCGCUCUCUCUCUCUCUGCCGUCUCGUCCGAUGUCAUUCACACGUAACGAUAAAAGUUGUACUGUAUAUAUUAUAAAUAUUAAAACAAACA